AACAAAGCGGAGAGCCCUCAGCGCCUCCUUCUUGCAUUAUUUUCACCCAUGCUUACGUCUGGGACCCGAGUUCCGCAUUCCCGAGCCUGACGGUCGGUACUUAAACGAGCUGAUGCAACGACCUCGGAUCAGUCCUCGAACCAACCAGUCCGACUCCCGAGUCUUCCCCCGUCACAUCGCAGCAUUACUGCCUCUGCGGAUUUUUGGACGCACAACGGCGUCCAAACGGAGAUCAUCAUUGACAGAAGGCGACUGACAAGUUUUCUCUGACGGCAGCGGAGGCCGGGUUGGACAUGAUGCCGGGACAGAUACCGGACCCUUCACUGGCGGCGGGUUCCCUGCCCAGCCUGGGCCCGCUGGCAGGCAUCUCAGCCACCACGCUCACCGAUCAGCUAAAGCUAGCAGACCUCCAUCAUCUGGGCACCGUCAUAUCACCGCUGCAUUUUCUGAGCAGGCUGGGGAAGAGGCCGCUCGCCAUCAAAACGGAGAUGGAUGAAGAUGAAGAGCGAAGAAAACGAAGACGAGAGAAAAAUAAGGUUGCCGCAGCCCGAUGCCGAAACAAAAAGAAGGAACGCACCGACUUCCUUCAGAGGGAGUCGGAGCGUCUGGAAAUGGUGAACUCUGAGCUGAAGGCCCAGAUUGAGGAGCUCCGUUUGGAGAGGCAGCAGCUGAUGGUGAUGCUCAACCUCCACAGGCCCACGUGCAUCGUGCGGACCGACAGCGUCAAAACGCCCGAGAGCGAGGCCAACCCACUGCUGGAGCAGCUGGCCGCCGAAACCAAAUGAAAACCGGGAAACCAGGGACUAGAAGUCUUUGAAGCCCAAACCAGGACUGUUGUGUCUGACGUUCAAACGAACACUUCACUGGCAAUACGAUUCUGAACAAGCACUUGAGCUCCACGAUAGGAGACUUUGGCCCAAAGAUCUGAGGUUGUGGGGUCGUCCUCAGUACUGCUACAUGAGCUGGCUCUGUCCAGCAGAAGACUGGAAACACCUACUGUGCCUGCCUGGUCGUUACUUCAGCCUUCUCCACAUAAAGGGACCAAUGGAAGCGGGAGGUAUGACUGGAGACAGGCCUGAGGAAACACACUAACAGCGUCACGGUGCUCGGUUACCAAAAAGUAGAUAGUGUGGCACCGCGUCAUCGCAAAGGCUCACAAAAACGCAGUGUUGUGCAAUUUUCCUACGUAUGCUAGAUAAAUAUACAGGUGUAGAGUUUUAGGUUACAGCACUCGAUGCAAAU